CCCAUGGCGCUCCCUUUAAGGAAAUUCUAGCACUUCCCCAUAAAUUUUUCAUUUCAUCCUUCCCUUCUUUCCUCCUCCACCUUUCAUUAGGGUUUUCGCUUCUUCAAGCUCUUGCUUUUAUAUUGGAUAUUCGGAUUAAAGUCAAAAAGAUUUCGAGAAUCUCAGAUCAAGGCCUUUGGAAUGAGCUUUGCAGACUUUGCUGACUUAUGCAGUGAUGAAGUAACAGAAGUAAAAGAUGUUGAUCCUGGUAUAAGAUCAAGUUUAGUUCAAAAGAAAGCAAGGCCUGAAAUUACAAAUAAUCAUCCAGAGAUUGAAGAAUUUGCUACCAGGCAAGGAUUUGAGUUAAUAGGUUCAAAUCAAGUCCCAAAUGGCUCCUGCAGAACAGACCAAGGGCAUUUAUCCACUUUUUGCCAUGUGCCCAGGCAGCCUGACUCGGUGCCACUUUGCCGUCAGUUCUGGAAAGCUGGAGACUAUGUAGCUGGAGUAACUUUUGAACCAAUUUCUAAAUGUGUCCGAGGUCGUUUACGUGUACAUCCCAAAUUUCUUCAUUCAAAUGCCACUUCACAUAAAUGGGCUUUUGGUGCCAUAGCAGAAUUGCUUGAUAAUGCAGUUGAUGAGCUACAAAAUGGAGCUACCUUUGUUAGAGUAGAUAAAAUCACAAAUACACGAGAUGGAAAUCAUGCCUUGCUGAUUCAAGAUGAUGGAGGUGGAAUGGAUUCGGAAUCUUUGAGGCGUUGCAUGAGCUUUGGAUUUUCAGAUAAACAAUCAGAGUCAUCAAUUGGACAGUAUGGAAAUGGUUUCAAGACCAGCACGAUGAGGCUUGGAGCAGAUGUCAUUGUUUUUAGCCGCUGCAUGAAUAGAAGGACAUUAACUCAAAGUGUUGGGCUUCUUUCUUACACCUUUUUGAGACAAACUGGUUGUGAUGAUAUAGUAGUGCCAAUGGUGGACUACGAGUUUAAUCCAUCAACUGGUGUAUUUCAAAGUUUAAUCCGCCAUGGUGAAAAACAAUUUUCUUCUAAUCUGUCUACUCUUUUAAGAUGGUCUCCCUUUGCCACUGAAGUUGGAUUGUUGAAGCAGUUUAAUGACUUGGGGCAUCAUGGCACAAAAAUUAUCGUGUUCAAUCUAUGGCUCAAUGAUCAUGGGGAUAUGGAGCUUGAUUUUGAUUCUGAUGCAGAGGAUAUUAUGAUUAGUGGAGCAUCAAAAAUAAUGCAAAGGAAGAUUAUAAACCAAAAGCAUAUUGCAAAUCGACUUCGUUAUUCUCUUCGAGUAUACAUGUCUAUAUUAUAUUUGCAUUUGCCAGAAAGUUUUAAAAUAAUUUUGCGUGGGCAAGUUGUUGACCCGCACCACAUAGUUAAUGAUCUCAAAUUUCGUGAAUGCAUCAGAUAUAAGCCACAGGUUGCAGAAAACAUGGAGGCCAAGGUCAUCACCACCAUUGGAUUUUUGGAUGGUGCUCCAUACCUCAACAUUCAUGGGUUCAACAUCUACCACAAAAAUCGUCUUAUAUUGCCGUUUUGGCCUGUGCUUUCUGAUCGUAAAGGAAGAGGUGUUGCUGGAGUACUUGAGGUGAAUUUUUUAAAACCUACACAUGAUAAGCAAGAUUUUGAGAAAUCAACCCUGUAUUACAAACUUGAAACCCGCUUAAAAGACAUGACUUUGGAGUAUUGGGACUAUCAUUGCCAUCUGGUUGGUUAUUCAUCCAAGAAAGCCCAUCAGACGAUGGUUCGAACUGCUGAUCCUGCUCAUCAGAUCCAUCAUUCAGGAACAUGUAGUGAAGUAGGACAACCAAUGGUGAAUGGUGGUGUUCCAGUUCCUUUUCACCAGUUUCCCCAUACAGAAACUGUUAGUGGUGUACCAGCGGUUACGCUAAAACCUGUCUGCUCCAGGGUUGAUAUUCCAGGAUCUGCUUCUGUUACCAAAGCGCAAGAUCCAACAGGACUACCUCGUAAAAAGAGACAAGAGAGUUACAUCGCAGUGACAGAAGCAUUGAAAAGGCAGGCUGUGCCUGGUGGAAAUACAGCUGGACUUAAAAGCAAUGACAAGAUACAGGUGCAGCCUGUACAUGGUGACAAGCAGAGGCAAGUGCAUGAAAUCAUAACAAUGAUGCUAGAGAACAAGAAAUUACGAGCACAGUGCACUGAAUAUGAAAUGGCAGAGACACUACAUUUGCGUAAGGCACAGAGGCUUAGAGAUGAGCUUCAAGAUGUUCAACAGGUCUACAAAAUUCUAGUGGCUGAGCUCAGAGAAAUGGAUGAUGUCAAGAUGUCAGGCUGUACAUGGUAGCUCAAGUGAAAAGGAGGAGGUGAAGCAUGGUCAUCAGUCCAAUGGUCUCAAAGAGAAAAAAAAGGAUACAGUCAUCAGCUGAGUGGCAUAUUGAAUAUUACCCCUCAAUUCUUGCUGUAGUUUGUUGUAAAGGUGUGUAGGUUAUCUGUAGACAUAGCUGGUGCACAAAGUGGUAGUGUCUCCACGGGGCUUUCAAUGGAAACAAGGUGAUGUAAAGAUAUAAUCUUGAUGGGGCAUUAAAAUGUAGAUGAGGUUCUAUAGAUAUAUUCAUUAUGUGGUGACAGGUAAUUGGUCUUUGAGAUGGAAACGAGGUGGUGCAAGGAUUCUAGUCUGGAUCUCCAUGAUGUCAUUUUUGUGAUCUAUUUUUCUCCAACAUGCAGAGACUUGAAAUUAUGGUCCACAAAAAAUUUUCUAC